AUGUGCAAAAGCAACAAAGGGGGGGUGGGCAAGCCGCCGGCACGGCGGCGCCUCUCGCGAUGCUUGAAGGAGCGGGAAGCUGAGCGCCGAAGCGACAGGGCCAAGCUCCGUGCGAGUGAGCUCGGAGCCCGGCUGUUGGCUCUGCUCUCUGCGGGGGAGCUUGGAGCUCCGGCCGAGUCCACGCGAAGGAAUCCCAAAAGCCGGAAGAAAAAAGCGGCGCUCGCUUCUUGGAGCAGAGGCUGGCCUCCCUUCGACCGGCUGCCAGGCAUCAGCUGCCUCGAGUACACCCUUCGCUGCGAGCCGCUUGCGCCCUUUGCCGAGGCCUCCGCGACCAGCUCGAGCUCCAGGGUGGAGUCGGUCUGCUUCCUGCACAAGCCUCGGCGCCCGGAUGCGCAGGUCCUGGCCUCGGCGCAGUUCCAGCGGCUCCUGGACCAGCCGGAGAUGUCCCUGGCUCGCCUGGCCUCCUGCUUCCAGGACAUCCGCCUGGCUGAAGCCGAAGAUGAGACAGACCUUCUGCAGGUGGAAGUCACGGGAUUGCUGCCGUGGACGAGCUACGGCGUCUCCGUGAGUGGCUGCACGCUACCCGGCUGGAGCAGGUACGGGCCGUUUUUGCAAGAGGCGAAUUGGACAGAUCGCAUAGAGACUCAGACGCGGAGAGGCCUCUACCCGCAGAGCCAGACCGAGGGCCGGAGGAUGUCCGAGGCUUUGGGACCUUUGCUGGGCCCGUCACUGACGGCGGAGGUGGAGACGCCCGGAGGCGAGAAUGCUCCUGGAGCCCCGCAAGAGGUCGAUCCCGCCAGCCUCAGCUGCGAGGCCUCCAGCUUCCUGACCCCCGGCCUCCGCGGCAUCUUCCUGAGCAUUGAGGCUGUGAGAGCUGACCGGAGCGACUACGCGCUGGAGUACUGCGCCUCUGGCCCCGCCUGGGCCCACUACGACGCGGAGGUGGGCGCUGCGGCGCUCCGGAGCUUCCAGGGGAGCUGGCCUCGCCUGCGAGAGGCCGAUGGAAA